CAUGUCCUAAAAGCGCGCUUCCUCCAGGUGCUGAAGCAAGAGGCCGUUCGAGCCAAGAGGCCGUUCGAGCCAAGGAGCUCGAUCAACGCCUCCUUGUUCUCGCAUUCGGCCAUGGACACGAAGAGACCAAGCGUAUCUGGAUUGGCGACGAGCUCCUUUCCAUGGAAGAGUUCCAGCAAGCUGUCGGCGCUGACGUGAAGACGAUCCUGUUCCGCACAGCGUGUCACUCCGGUGGCUGGGUCGUGCGGCAGAAUCUCAACAGGACGGUCCUUGCCGUAGCAGGACCGCAACGGCUCAGCCCGUCCUGGAAUGCUAGCGAGUCCAUCACCCGCCGCUGUGGUAGCAUGUGCGCUUCCGCUUUUUCCAGAGCUCGGGAAGUCGAGGUCGGCGCCUCAGCCCCGUCUCCGUGGACCGGUCCAACAUGUCUGAAGCUCGCUAAAGACGUUUACGAAGCGUUGCUCACGACGGACAGAAUGGCGAAGAAACACGACAUGCGCCUCGCCGCGCAGGGUGACAACUGGGUUGCCGCGUGGCCAGCCGUGAGCGCAUUUUCCACGGUCGACUUCCAGGCUCGCUACCACAAGCUGGAUGUCUAUGCGUCCACGGCAUUAGCUCCUUGGACCGCGACCCUCUCAGUCCCAACGGCUCAGACUCGGACGAUUCGGACGUCAGUUCGGCACGCAUGCAGCAGCAGUCUCGUCUGAAGAAGCAACCGCACUUCAACAUCCGAACAUCUGCACUUCAACAUCCGCGCUCUGGUCAACGAUCAUCCAGGCACGAGCCACGCG